GGCAUGAUCGCCGCCUGGAUGUGGUGUGCCCGUCGAGUCGUACGGCCCAAUGUGAAGACUCCUCGCCGCCUGCUGUCGACCCAGGCGCCUCAGCAUGAUCUACUCUCCAAAGCAACCCGCAACAUUGGCAUCAUUGCCCAUAUCGAUGCAGGAAAAACUACUACAACUGAGCGCAUGCUCUACUACAGCGGCGUUACCCGUAGAAUUGGAAAUGUCGAUGAAGGAUCAACAGUAACCGACUUUCUUCCGGCCGAGAGAGCAAGAGGAAUCACCAUUCAAUCUGCGGCCAUCACUUUCCACUGGCCUCCCCUACCGCCCAGUAAUCAGCCAACACCUUCCCUACCGCAAUUGCCAGCAUCAUUCGACAACAUCCUCAGGUCUUCAACAUCUCACAAUAUCAACCUCAUCGACACACCAGGCCAUGCGGACUUCACUUUUGAAGUACUUCGAUCGCUGCGUGUCUUGGAUGGUGCCGUGUGUAUCCUUGACGGCGUAGCAGGAGUUGAAGCCCAGACGGAGAAGGUAUGGACGCAGGCUGGGCAUUACCAUAUCCCCAGGAUCAUCUUCGUCAACAAGCUAGACCGUGUCGGCGCCGCCUUUUCAAGAACUGUCAAAGAAAUUGGUACCAGACUGCGCGGAUGGCCUGCUGUGUGCCAAAUCCCUUGGUGGCAGGGCGGCAAUGGCGACUUUGUGGGGGUUGGAGAUGUCAUCAACCUCCGCGGCAUGCUCUGGCAAGCAGGUGGAGACGGACGAGACGUCAAAGCUGUGAGUCUCGAAGAGCUGGAAACGAUCGACAAGAGCUUUGUGGCCGAAAUCAAGAAAGCAAGAGUAGCCCUCGUCGAGACAUUGAGUGAGCAUGAUGAUGUAAUGGUGGAGCAUUUUCUCGAACAAGACGAAGACCAUCUGGCUAUCUCGGGCAUCCAAAUCAUGCAGUCUCUCCGGCGCGUCGUAUUGCAAGCCCCACAAGGAGUCAUUCCAGUGUUUGCUGGUGCCUCGUUUCGCAAUAUUGGCGUUCAGCCACUGCUUGACAGUGUCGUCGAUCUCCUCCCGUCACCCCUCGAACGUCCCGACCCCGAGAUUGCCAUUACGAAUCAGAGCAGCACUCUUGCUGCCCUUCUCAACUCGGCAUCUGCAGCAUCCACCAAGUCCACCAAGCCGGCAAAGAAACAGGACAAACGAACUGGUGAACUUGCUAUCGCUGAGGUCAAGAACCUGGCCGCGUGUGCCCUGGCAUUCAAGGUUGUCAACGAUGCCAAACGGGGCGUUUUGGUCUAUGUGCGCGUCUACUCUGGCUCCAUCGAUCGCGGUGCAACACUGUACAACACCAAUCUGGCUGUUGCCGAACGUGCACCCCGUCUCUUGAAGAUGUACGCCAAUGAUGCAGUCGAAGUAGACAGUAUCGGUGCUGGCCAGAUCGGCGUCAUCACUGGACUCAAGCAUGCCAGAACGGGCGACACACUGAUUGUAUACCGAGGAUUACAGAUGAAAGGCACCCCGUCUGGCGGCUUGAACACGCUGCAACUCCGACCUAUUGCCGUCCCGCCGCCAGUCUUCUUUACCAGUAUCGAACCGCAUAGUUUGAGCGAGCAAAAACAUGUUCAAGAAAGCCUUGCUAUAUUGUUGCGCGAAGACCCAAGCCUGCACCUCUCAGUCGACGAAGAGUCUGGGCAAACCCAUCUAGCAGGCAUGGGCGAUUUGCAUCUCGAGAUCGCGCGAGACAGACUGCUAAACGACUUCAAGGCCAAAGCAAGAAUCGGCAAGAUUGAGAUUGGAUAUAGGGAAACCAUCACAAUCUCCACAGAGCCAUUUACAUAUACUCUCGACAAGCCGAUUGCCGGAAAGCAAGUCAAAGCCAUGGCCACCGCUUCGGUGGAAUCCAUUGACGACGGCACCGUCAUGACCAGUUCCCUGCAGGACGCACAGGAAAUCCAAGACAGCCCCUUUGAAACGACAUACAAGCUCCCGGACAACAACACCUUGUAUAUUUCCCACCCGCACCUCUCUUCCCACGACUCUGCAAGCCACAAGAACCAGAUCCCGCCACACCUCUCGCUCCCAGGCAUCCUGCACUCGAUGCAAGCCGGCGCUUCAGCAGCGCUCGCCCGCGGACCCUUCAACGGCUUCCCGGUGGCCAACACCCGCGUGACCAUCGCUCUCGACGCGAAGGCCCAGCUCUUCCCGGAAACAACACCGACCGCUAUCUCCAUGGCUGCGCGAGCCGCCGUAGGAGCAAGUCUAAGAGCCGCGUGUGAUGCAGCGCCCGCAGCCCUCCUAGAGCCCGUAAUGAACGUGACGAUAUUCGUAAACGAAAAGUCGCUCGGCGCAGUCGUGCAGGACAUUUCGUCGUCGCGCGGUGGGCAAGUCCUCUCACUGGACGGUACAGAAUCAUCGUCCAACAGCGCUGACGACGAGCUUCCGCGCAUCGACCCUGCGCUCAUCUACACGCCUCCGGAUCCGUUUAGCUCUGGCACCGGCGACGUGGGCGCCAGUGUUGCAGAUAGCCAGCGGCAGAUUGUAGCGCGGGUGCCGCUGAAAGAGAUGGUGGGUUAUCUGAAUCACUUGCGGGCUUUGACGGGGGGGAGGGGCACGUUUGUCAUGAGUGUGGAUGGGUUUGAGAAGAUGGCGAGUCAGAGGCAGAAGGAGGUGCUUGAUGCGUUGCGCGAGUUUUAGUGAGAAAUGUGAUGUGGGAAUAGUG